GGGGGAGGAGUAGGAAAGGAAGCGAGAGAAAAGGCGAGCGAGCGCUAAAGGGGAAGUGCAGUUUGAGAAACCGGCUAGCGCUCUCCUCCCCGGCGCUCAGACUCCAGCGGCCGCUUCUACAAAUUGGUCCGGGAGACCCUCAUCGGGCCCCAUGGCCGACUGCUGCACCCCGAGAAAGAAGCUUUGCUGCUGCGUUCUUCUGUUCUUCCUGGUGGCGGGGAUCACCGGGGGGGCGAUCGGAAUCUACAAGUGGCACUACUCCGGGCUCAACAGGUGGCACGGGACAGGCAGCACCGCCAAUUUUCAGAAACUCAUCCAGGAGCGAUGCGACACCUACACCCAGCCGAUCUGGCAGGGUUCCAGCAGAAACUGCCAAGCGAUCAGGCAGGCAUUCAUGAGUGCCUUCAUUUCCAAGGAUCCCUGCAAAGCGACAAAGGAAGACUACAAACCACUGAUGGACCUGGCACCUCCCACUGUGCCUUGUGGCCAGCAUGUCUUCUGGAGCAAAACGAAGGAGCUGGCUCAUCAAUACGCGAAAAAGUGGCACCUGAUGACCCUGGAGGACACGCUGCUGGGUUACCUUGCGGACAACCUCAGCUGGUGUGGAGAGCCAGGCUCUUCUGAUUUGAACAUUUGGUCUUGUCCAGACUGGAAGAAAGACUGCAGAACCAACUAUUUUUCUGUAUUCUGGGAAGUGCUGUCCGAAAGGUUUGCAGAAAGUGCCUGUAAAAGAAAAACAGCCCGGGUGGUGCUCAAUGGAUCAUUGGAGAACGCCUUUGAUAGCAUGAGCACAUUUGGACGAGUGGAAGCCUCUAACUUGAGGCCAGAGGUUGAACUAGAGGCUUGGCUGGUACAUGACACUGGAAAACCUCCCAGGGACUCAUGCUCUGGCUCCUCUAUAAAGAAACUGAAGUCCAUCUUAGAUGGAAGAAAUGUCAAAUUUACAUGCACGGAUAAUCUCAGCUUAGCCGAGAAGCCAUUUCCAGCCAGUGGCCUUCUGAUGUUCCCCUGCCCUGGUCCUCGUCCUUCCCCACGCAGCUCUAGCAGUGAUUUGCUUCUAAAGGUGACCCAGGUUUGAGGGCAUGUUUCCUGCUUUCCCAUGUGAGAGGCGUGAUCCAGAGCUCCUUUCAGGGGUGUAGAAGCACAUUGUGCCAAAAGCAAAGGAUUUAUAAAAGCCUUGUGACUUGCCAUAUCUUGCAGGUGAGGUUUCUUUGGUUGGGGUUCAGUUGUAGAUGCCUAACACUUUGUGGCUUACACACAGACACAAACAGCUCAGCUCACACCCAGGUCAGCCCCCUGGGUGCCUAGCUCCUCUAGACACCAACACUCAGAUCUGCUCAGGGGGGCUUUAAGCAGACACUCACAACAGACAGGAGGCCUGACUUCAAGCCUCCACAUUUAUUUUCCUUAAAGCCCACCACCCUUUCCAGGCUUCAAUCCAUCAUCUAUAACACUGGAAUGGACUGGGUGAUUUCUAAGGCUUCCUAGCUUGGCCUCCCUGACCCCUGAUUUAGAGGGUAGAGGGUAGAGCAGCAGCUGCAGCCAUAAUCUCCAAUCAUAAAGAUCAAGCUUUAUGGUUUUCUAAUUUAAAAAAUGUAGAAUCUUAAAACUGUUUACCCGUAAUACAUACUCAUUGGAGAAAAGUUUAAAUUACAGAUAGACAUAUAUUUUUAUUUUUUUUCCUGGUUUUCAAAAAUUUUAGUUAUUUGUUUAUUUUUGACCGUGCUGGUCUUUGUUGCCAUGUGGGCUUGUCUCGAGCUGUGGUGUGCAGGCUUCACACUGCAGUAUCUUCUCUUGCUGUGGCUCCCAGGGUGUGCAGGGCUCAGCAGUUGGCAGCAUGAGGACUUAUUUGCUCCACAGCAUGUGGGAUCUUCCCAGACCUGGGAUCGAACCCAUGUCCCCUGCAUUGGCAAGUGGAUUCUUAUCCACUGUACCACCAGGGAAGCCCCAAGUGUAUGUUUUUUAAAAUCACCUGCGACUCUGUUAUCAUAACUGAGACCCCUCACUAUUUUUAAGAUGGGUGGUCAAUAUUUAACUCCAGGCAGAGAUCUAUGCCAAAGCAUCUUUGGAAAUUUUCCUGUAUAUGACAGAUAGAUACAGGACAGACAGUUCCCGUAGAAUAGAUGCAGAGAGAAACAUUUUCUCAAAGAAUGUCGAAGCUAAAAUGCUUCCCAUCACUUCCCUGUCACCACCCUUUCCCACAAACCAUGUCAGAAAGACAAGGGGGACAGAUUCAAGGAACAUUCGCUGAAGCCUUUGUCUCUCCAAUGACCUGAAUUCCCCAUCAGUCAGCUGGCUUCUCUCUGGAAACUGCCAGAAAAUAACACAAGCUUUCGAUAGUGGUUAGGUGGGAAAACAGAACAAAGGAACAACCAUAGAAGAGACAUGGCAGACAUCUGACCAGUCUGAGUUACUCAAAGAUCUUUUGCAUUGAGAGAAUGGAAUAUGAAAACCCAAGACAAGAUUAGGGAAUGUAAGUGAGUCAUUCACAAAACACUUUUAAUCUCUUUUCUUGCAUUAACCAUUCACCUUUUUUUUUUUUUUUUC